UGAAGAUGAAAGUAAGCUAGUUGAAUUUCUACAUUCGGAUAAGUUGGGUAAAAUGGAGAUUUAGUAAAGCAGAACUUCACCUUUUGGAGAAAUGGAUUUAAAAUAUUGUUUUAUAUUACUGUUUGGUAUCAUAAAUGAGGUACUACAAGUCUCAGGAAUUGCACCUAAAGGUCAUCCUAGAGAUCAAACAGAGGGCAUUUAACAGCAUUUUUUUCUUUUAAAUGAAUAUAUCAAUACAUUUUUUUUGUUCGUGAAGCUCGUGAUGUCAAAAUAUUAGUCGACAUAACUAACAAAGUUCCAAAAAUUUCAUAUGCAAUCCAUACAUAAUGUUUGUUUAAACCUAAAAUACAACGUUAUGGUUGUUUUCUAGAAUAAAUCUGAUACAUCUUUGCUUGUAAUGCUUGUGAACUGAGACAAUAUCAAGGCAAUACGCACACUAUGCACAUAUGCCAAUAAGAGACUGAUAAAUUUCAGUCGUAAACAUCAGUAGGAAGAUUCAAAGAUGAAAACAAAAUCAGUGGAAAAAAAUCUUAUCAGAAUGUUAUUAAAUCGAUAUGAACAAUUUGGUGUAAUUGGACGACCAGUAAAUGACAGCAAAAUUAAAGUUGAUGUUCGUUAUGGAUUACAACUUUUCCAAAUUUUGGAUUUAGAUGAAAAUAAACAAAUUUUACGAACUAAUUGUUGGUCGAUGUAUAAAUGGACAGAUUCUCUUCUUCGUUGGAAUGAAAGUGAUUACGGAAAUAUCAAAACAGUUCGAAUAUUCCCUUCACAGAUUUGGACGCCGGAUAUCAAACUGUAUAAUUUUGCUGAUGAACGCUUACGUGAACACAGAGAUGCUCGUGUUGUAGUGUCAAGUAACGGAGAAAUGUUAUGGGUUCCACAAGCACUGUUUAAAAGUACAUGUGAAGUUGAAAUCACAUAUUUCCCGUUCGAUACACAAAUAUGUAUGCUAGAAUUCGGAUCUUGGACGUACGAUAAAACACAAAUGGACAUAUCAUGGUGGAUUCCAGAUUCACCUCCCAUAGAAGAAAUGCCAUAUUUAGAUUUCUCAGAUUACGUACCAAGUAAUGAAUGGCGUACGGAUGGCGAGAAAGAACGUGAAGUACACCAUGUCAACCGUACUAUACAAAUUCGAUCAGUUAAGAAACAUCGACGUCGAAGUCAAACUGUUGGUAACGAAGUGAUCACAAGAGAAUAUCCAGUUUUACGAUAUUUAAUACGUUUGAGAAGGAACCCGAGUUUUUAUGUAUUCAUGUUAGUGAUUCCAUGUGUGUUGUUAUCAUCUUUAACAUUGGUUGUAUUUUGGUUGCCUCCAGAAUCUCCAGCAAAAAUGAUGCUUGGUAUGAAUAUAUUUGUUGCAUUUUUCGUUUUACUCUUACUGUUGGCUGAGUCAACACCUAGUGCUGUGAAAAAUUUCCCACUAAUUGGAGUGUAUUUUUGUUUGAAUAUGAUUAUGAUCACACUGUCCACUUUCUUGGCAACUUUGGUGAUUCACCUUUAUUUUCGAGGCGAUCGUAAUGGAUCAGUCCCAUAUGUUUUGAGAAAAAUUAUUAUAGAGGGUAUUGGACGACUCACAUUAGUACGGCAGCGAAUUCCUCUACCAGAAAUGAAAAAACCAAUUAGGCCGGCAAUAAUAAAACCUCACAAAAAGAUUCAAAUUCCAGGUAUGUCACCCAAUAAAAUUCCAACAAAUGAAGAAACAUACUGUGAGAAUGAACGUAUUAGACAUUUUGGAGGUGGGGCAUUUCAACAAUGCAAUAUGAUUGGUAGUAAUUUUUUGUAUGGAGAAGAGCAAUUAGGAGGAGCUGCUAGUAAUUGGUUUGCUCCAAAUGAACGUCGUUCUGUCCCAAGAUACCCUAAUCAAUUCGAUUCUUAUCCAAUGGCCACACCAAUCAAUAAUAUAUCUCAUAUACCGGGAAGUGCAGGAAAAUCAUCAGAAAAUGAGCCAGAUAAUGCAGUUAAUCAUGAUGAAUCCCCAUCAGUUCUAAGUUCAACCACUACACUGGAGCGUGAUGUGAGAGAGUUGAAAAAAUAUGUCAAAAUGUUAGUUAACCGACAAAAGGAAACAGCUCGUAAAAGUUUAGUGGCUAUGGAAUGGCGCACUUUGGCUAUUGUCUUGGAUCGUUUAUUUUUCUUUAUUUACAUUACCACCAUAGUAAUUGCAGUAGUUGUUUCAGUACCACGAAGUACUGAACCAGAAGUUCCACCAGCAUUUCGCGAUGAUUAAAACUGUUGACUAUAUCAAGAGAUACUAAUGAACGACUUUUUGCUCAGAAAAAAAAUUUGAUGAAAUUGAAUAAAAACAUAAUUAGUUAAUAUAUUUUUAUUUUCUAGAUCUCUUGGCUAGCAAAACAAUAUUCAUGUGUUUUUUUUUCAUUCUUAAUAACUGUCAAUAAUUUGUUUCUUUGACAUACAAUUAUUGUACGAACAAAUUUCAAACAUGAAAGGAGAUACUGUUUACAAGUUUCGAAUUAUCAUUUUCACUAAGCAUCACUGUUUAAAGUAGAAUAAUCUUUUUCCAUUAGAUUCUUUAACAUAUUGUGUAAUGCAUAAAUUUUUCUCUUAUUUAUAAAAUUUCAUCACAAUCUCUUCCAGUUUUACUGUUCAUAUACAUGAAUCGUCUUUGGUUUGAUAAUCCAUAUUCAUUCUUUUUGUUUUUAAACUGUUAUAUAUUUCAUUUGUGUAUAAGCUUCAAUAACUCUCCAUACAAUAUGAUACAGGAAGACAUUUCAAUAGAUGUUUUCAUGAAUUGUUUGUUGAUCAAUUUUACUAUUGUAGGGAAUGAUUACAAAAUGCACAUAUUCAGUUCAGCGUACACAAAGAAAUGUUUGUUUUUUUUUAAAAAAAUAUUUCGUUUUAAUUUAAUUGUGUUUGUCUUCUUUUGAAAUGAUAAACUCAUUCUUUAUUAGUAAAUACUUAUCUUGUUCAACAAUAGGUUUUAUAUUUAUGAUAGAAUAAGGAACUUGAUGAAGUUACAUUUAUUAAUUAUAAAUAAAUACUUUUCUCAUCAA